AUGAGCCGUAACGCCAUUGAGUCAUGCCCUUCCAGUUCUCCCAUGUUCAUCUCCGCAGCCAACGUUGCUGUACCUGCUCUCCAGGUGAACAUUGCUCCAAAUAAGGUGGAAGUGCCUGUUGGAGAGUCCAAAUUCUUCUUGUGUCAAGUGACUGGUGAUGCCAAAUCCAAAGACAUCUCUUGGUUUGCCCCCAAUGGAGAGAAACUGUCGACAAACCAGCAGCACAUCUCAGUGGUGCGAUCGGAAGAUUCGUCCACACUCACCAUCUACAAUGUCAACAUAGAUGAUGCCGGCAUCUACAAGUGUGUUGUCUCCAGCGAGGAGGAGGAGGUCGAGGCUACGUUGAAUGUGAAGAUCUUCCAGAAGCUGACCUUCAAGAAUGCCCCUAGCCCACAGGAGUUCAAAGAAGGAGAGGAUGCGGUUAUCAUGUGCGACGUGGUUUCCUCGUUGCCUCCUACCAUCAUGUGGAAGCACAUGGGCAGGGAUGUUGUCCUUAAAAAAGAUGUGCGAUUUGUUGUGCUGUCCAACAACUACCUGCAAAUCAGAGGGAUCAAGAAAACAGACGAGGGGAUGUACCGCUGCGAAGGGAGGAUUUUGGCCCGUGGCGAGGUUGAUUUCAGAGAUAUCCGGGUCAUUGUGAAUGUGCCUCCUACGGUCCGCUCCAGGCAGGGCACCGUGAAUGCAACAGCCAACCUCAGCCAGUCGGUCAAGUUGGUGUGUGAUGCCGAGGGCUUUCCAGAACCAACCAUCAGCUGGACCAAGGAUGGGGAAUCAAUAGAAAGAGGGGAAGAUGAUGAAAAGUACGGCUUCAGUUACGAUGGUUCAGAGCUGACUAUCCGCAAGGUGGAGAAGAAUGAUGAGGCCGAGUACGUCUGCAUCGCUGAAAACAAGGCUGGUGAGCACGACGCCACUAUACACCUCAAAGUUUUUGCAAAACCCAAGAUCACCUAUGUGGAGAACAAAACAGCAAUGGAGCUGGAUGACCAGAUUACCUUAACCUGUGAGGCUUCUGGGGAUCCCAUCCCCUCCAUCACUUGGAGGACCUCUACCCGCAACAUCAGCAAUGAAGAGAAGGCUUCGUGGACCCGGCCGGAGAAACAAGAGACUCUGGAUGGGCGCAUCGUUGUGCGCAGCCAUGCGCGCGUGUCUUCCCUGACACUCAAAGACAUCCAGUACACAGACGCCGGGGAGUACGUCUGCAUCGCCAGCAACACUAUAGGGCAAGAUUCCCAAGCCAUGUACCUGGAAGUUCAGUAUGCCCCAAAGUUGCAGGGCCCUGUUGCAGUUUAUACCUGGGAAGGCAACCAGGUGAACAUCACUUGCGAGGUCUUUGCCUACCCCAGUGCUGUCAUCUCCUGGUUCCGGGAUGGACAACUGCUCCCAAGCUCCAACUACAGCAACAUUCGGAUCUAUAACACACCCACAGCCAGUUACCUGGAGGUAACACCGGACUCCGAAAACGAUUUUGGGAAUUACAACUGCACAGCGGUCAACCGGAUUGGCCAAGAGUCUUCGGAGUUCAUCCUUGUGCAAGCAGAUACGCCAUCUGCUCCUUCCAUCGAGAGAGUGGAGCCCUACUCCAGCACUGCCUUGGUGGAGUUUGAUGAACCCGAGGCCACAGGAGGCGUGCCCAUCCUCCGGUACAGGGCAGAGUGGCGAGCGCGGGGGGAAGAGGACUGGCACGCCAGGAUGUACGAUGCCAAGGAAGCUAACAUGGAGGGUGUAUUCACCGUUAUGGGCCUGAAGCCGGAGACACUCUACGCAAUCCGACUGUCUGCCAUCAACGGCAAAGGCGCGGGAGAGAUGAGCGCUCUUUCCGAGUUCAAGACGCAGCCAGUUCGUGAACCAAGCGCGCCCAAGUUGGAAGGCCAGGUGGGAGAAGACGGCAACUCCAUCAAGGUGAACCUCAUCAAGCAAGACGACGGAGGCUCCCCUAUUCGGCAUUACCUCAUCAGAUACCGAGUUAAGCAUUCCUCUGAGUGGAGGCCCGAAAUUCGGCUCCCUUCUGGCAGUGACCACAUCAUGCUCAAGUCUCUUGACUGGAACGCCGAGUAUGAGGUCUCCGUGACAGCGGAAAACCAGCAGGGGAGAUCCAAGGCUGCCUAUUACACCUUCAGGACUUCUGCGCAGCCCACCAUCAUCCCAGCCAGCACAAGCCCGACGUCAGGACUGGGCACUGCCGCCAUCGUGGGCAUCCUCAUUGUCAUCUUUGUCCUUCUGCUGGUGGCUGUGGAUGUCACCUGCUACUUCUUGAACAAGUGCGGCCUCUUGAUGUGCAUUGCCAUCAACCUGUGUGGGAAAUCCGGUCCUGGUGUGAAGGGAAAAGACAUGGAAGAGGGCAAGGCAGCCUUCUCGAAAGAUGAAUCAAAAGAGCCUAUUGUGGAGGUGCGAACAGAGGAAGAGCGGACCCCGAACCAUGAUGGAGGCAAACACACGGAACCCAAUGAAACCACGCCGCUAACAGAGCCAGAGCACCCAGCCGAUGCCACAGCAGCAACCGAAGACAUGAUGCCCUCCGUCACCACUGUCACCACAAACUCUGACACGAUCACUGAGACCUUUGCCACUGCUCAGAAUAGCCCCACCAGUGAGACCACCACCCUCACCUCCAGCAUCACCUUGCCAGCUACGCCCAUGCCAGACUCCAAUUCCGUGGCCCCCGGCCAGGGCACACCCUCAAAAGCGGCUGUGGCAUCCUCUUCGCCCCCAUCCUCAUCCACCCCUGCCCCCAAAGUAGCUCCCCUGGUUGACCUCAGUGACACCCCUACUUCUACUCCCUCCUCCGGCAACAUGUCAUCCGGCGUCCUUUCCAACCAAGGGGGGGUUCUGAGUCCCAGCUCCUCUGCCAAAACCUCAGAGGCCCCCAAGGGCUCCGUUGCAUCCAGCAAAUCCCCCGCCCCACCUCCCCCACAUCCAGCUAGCUCUCCGGCUUCCUCGGAUCCCAAGCAAGAGGCUUUGGCCUCCAAAAGUCCCGAAAAGGAUGCCUCACAGACCAACGUGGUGAAGAGUCCGACAGAGGCGGCUAAGAACGGUGCCAACCAGAAGGGAGAAUCUGCCACUGCGAACCCCACUCAUAACGAGGACUUUAAAAUGGACGAAGGGAGCUUCAAGACACCAGACAUUGACCUUGCCAAGGAUGUUUUUGCUGCGUUGGGCACAGCGGCCCCUGCCACGGCUCCCGGAGGCCAGGCUACAUCUUCUGCUCCAGAGACGUCCACAUCGCCAGCACCUGCAAAGACAGAGAAAACCCCAGUAGAAGAAAAGCCUGCAAUCCAAGCCACAGAAGCCAAGACAGCCCCGGCGGAAGUCAAGACGGUGCCCAACGAAGCCACGCAAACAAAUGACAACGAAAGCAAAGCAUGAUGGUCCCACACUGAGCCACACACAAAACAAAACGAGAAAAAAAUUUAAAAAAAUAUUGACAGAACAGCUUCACCUGAGCAUCGAAAACACAACACACAUCUCAUCCCUCUAGUGUCUUUUGCCUUUUUUUAAAGAAAAGAAAACAAGACAAAACAUGCAUACAAUCGGCGGGGAGGGGGGGGAUGUGUUCUUUCUUUCGUCCGUUCUUUCGUUCUCUUUGGUAGGUGUGUAGGGGGGAAUUUUCCUUUUGUGUGCACUUGCUUUUCAGAAAGAAAAAAAAAGAGUUAAAUCUAUCCCUUCUUCCUUCUUCGAGGAUAAACCCGUACUCUUUGUUAGGAUGUUCAACAUCCUUGCAAACGUUUGUGCAGACUUUUAAAUGUAACCCACCCGUCCCACAACUGUUUAGGAGACAGAAUUAGGAAAAGUUGGCUCUCCUGGGUUGAGGACUGCCAGUUGCAAACCAGUUAUUUUUAUAUUUUGCAGCCAAAUUUGGGGGGGUGGGUGACCCUAAAUUGUAAGUUAUCCCCUUCUUUUUCUCUUCUCCCACUUCUUUUUUCCUGUUCCCUUUGAAUCUGUUCUGUCCUCCGAUGCAUUUCCAUUUCCGCCCUAAAUUUGGCUCUCCUUUUUCAAGCCCAGGAGGACGCUCUCUGGCCAACGGCUCUCUUGCGGAUCUCUUGGGGACAUUUCCAGGUGGUUUUCCCAGCAGGCUGUGCUCUUUUAGGGGUUAUUGUUUGAAAUCCCUAAAAUUUCAUUUUAGGAAGGAUGCCCUUGGGCAGCUUUGGGGAAGUUUUAAUAUUUCAACCGGCAGUAUUCCUUGGGGUGCGUUUGUGCGUGCGUGCGUGUUUGGUUUUGUUUUCGUUCCGUUUCGUUCGUUUUGCCAACUUGUUAUUUUUUUUCUUCCAGUGUUUACAGUCAACAAAAUGUUUUAUUUUGUUUUGUUUUUAAAAAAACACUUUUGUUGUGUCGAAAUGUCUAUGUAAUAUAGCUGCCUUUUUUUUUUAAAACGAGAGAUCGCAAGAGAGAGAGAGAGAGAGAGAGGGAGAAAGUAAAUGCAGGCUAUAUAGAAAGUAAGUUGACCGGCAUGCUUGCUUUGCAAAGGGAGAUGUUUUAAAAUAUGGAUGUUUACAGUAGGUAUUUCCCCCAUCAUCUCUCCCCUCCUUUUUUAAUUAUUAUUAUUAUUUUAUUAUCUUACCAGAGUAAGACAAAAAAUCAAGCGACCCCUUAUGUUCUUGUUUUUAUAUAGAUGGGCCGCUUAACCGGAGUCCUACUUCAGACUAGUUCCCUGAUAAGGCUAAGCUUAACCUAAAUAGAGGUGGAAACAUUCUGGAGAGCAGCCAUGCAGCCCGCGUUUCGGCCGUAGCCUGGCGUAAGAACGCUGUUCAAACGGGGAAAAUUUAAGCAUGGCGUUUUAUCUCACCCGCGGAAAAUCCGUGGGCCUUAACUUUGCCUGCCUAGAUACCAAACUGUUCAACUCGCCGUCCGACACUUAAUAUUAUCAUCAUCUCUGUAGUGCAAACAUGGGCUUAAUGUACAAACUGAGACUUCCCUGUUCUUGAAUAUCAUAAAUGCUUAUGUGUGCACAUUGAUGUUGAAAGAGACGGAACAUUUCUUACUCAUACGUAACUCCAUGUUUGCUAUGUUCAGGGAGGGAGGGAGGGAAGGGGGAAGUUGGUUUUAGUGAAAAAUUCUACCCAAAUUAAAUAUAUUUGAGAAUGCAAUCUUAAGUUAAAUGUAGUUAAGUUGAAUUAUUUCGGAGCCCAAACGUUGCUCUAGUGAACGGUCGCACUUGUGAUCAGACUGUUCUUUACCUCAUUCAGGAACAACUCAAAUUAAUGUAGGUGUUUUUCUUGCUAGGGAAGCCCUAACAGCUUGGAGACAUUUGUAAGAUGUAUGCAGCACACCAGCCCCGUUCCCAAAAAAGACCCUUCAACUAAUGAUGAUAUCACUACGUUGUAAAAGUAAAGCUCAUGCAAAUAGAUGUUGGCAGACAAGUUGAACAUACAGUGCCAUUUCUAGACCAUUGGAAAGAAGGUUCUGUUGUGAUCACCUGGGGCACAAUCCAAGUAGUAAUGAUCUAUAGGGUUCGGGUGUAAAUAAAUCUAUCUGAAAAGAAUGUCUGGAUUGUGCCAUAACCUUCAAGAAUUUCAACCAAAUGGGGUACAAUCUAUUUUUGAUAAAUAUAUUUCCAGGCUGCUUUGCAGACCAGGUGUCUGAGCAUGAUGCAGUUCAAUGUCGGACAGCACUAAACCUCUCGUAAAGAUCAUAUUCUUGCGUUGGGCAUGAAUGUGCAUCUGAUGGGUGUCCACCUCUAUGGCUAAGAGUGAAAUGUGAAUCCUUCAGGCACUUGAAACUUCAUUGCAUGAAGCAUUUGUGCAAUGGCUUUAAAAACAGGUUGCGCAUGAGUUGCCGAUUCCCACUUGGUCCAGGGAGACAUACACUGUUGGGUUGCAUCAAUGCGUUGGCUUGCCCAUUAGGUCUAAGAGCUUGCUUAAAACGUUCUUUGGUUUACUGUGUUCAACCCUUUGCAAGAUCGGGGGGCCUGUUAUGUCCAGCGUUUGUGUGUCUCUGUGCGCUUUUAAACCUCCCUACCCACCCCCAUUUAGGAAAGGAAUGGCUGCAUUAACCUUGCGCACCUCCUUCGAGAUGGUGACAGGUCGAGGUCAAAACUGUGUUCAGGAAAUAGGUGCUUGAUGUCAUCUCCCCUUCCCGGUUCAAGAAUCCCUCCCUAAAGCUUCUCCAAGCCAAAAGGAGGUUGUACAGUCAAGGGCUGGUCUCAGACGUUGCGUCCUAAAAAAACAAAAACCCUACUCUUCCUUCUUAUUUAAGAGAAGUUACCAAAAGGAUGGUCUUCUUUCCAGCCUUAGCUAUAGUUAAGAAGUAGCAAAGCUCACUGCUUUGGGGACUUGGCAAACCACAUUCAUUCCAGCGCACCAUGGAACUUGCAGUUAUUUUUGCACAAGCAAAGAUGUCCAUGGACCACACUCUGAUCCAAAGCUCCAUAGGACAUGAUCAGAGAUUCCCAUAGAGUUGCCAUAUGGGCAGCGGUGGUUCACGUGCCAAUUUUCAAAAGUACCGAACAGAAUUGGGCAACCAUUGCUCAUUCUGAGCGAAGGGGGCUUUCUUUUAUCCAUACCAUCCUCUGCUAAAUACAUAAGGUUCCCUUUAUCCUAGCUACUCACCUUAGAAAGUCUCAAAGCAUCCCAACACACAUAAGUUUAUUCACCUGGUUUUUAAACUCCCAUCGCUCUACAACGGGUGUAUUGCUUUUGAUGAGACCUAAGUUUUGCGUAAGGUGAAAUCUAAAUUUGGGCAUUUUGUGUCCAAAGCUGUGACUUUGCUACUUUUUAUUAUUAUUAUUAUUAUUAUUUUUACAAAAAUGUAUAAAAUGAGAAUGUGGGGUGAAGGAUGUCGGAGCGAGGGAGACCAGCCUGUUGUAUAGAACUUUUCUUUUUUUCAUUUGUAAAAGGACAAUUUUAUUAGAUCUGCAAGCUUGUGCACUGUGGGUGCGUGUGAAUAUCUUAGUGUGAAAUGUGUUUUUUGUCAUAGUAUCAAAAAUUUUCUAAAAAAAUAAUAAUCAGGAUUUCAAAAAAUAAAAAUAAAACUUCAACUUAGUUUGGAUGUGGAAGGUGUAGCAGGAAUAUAGUCUGGGUGACUGAGAAGAAUACAGACGGUGCAACCUGGCAUUUCAGGAUAUGUAAAAAUGGAAGAGAAUACAGCUGUUCUCAACCGAAGAGUAGCCUUGAAAUAAAUAUACAACCUGCAAAAUUGAAUGUGAUAUAUAACAUUCCUUUGCGCUAAGGUCAUGGUGGGGGGCAAAGGUAGAGAGGAGGUGACAGAGCGGAGACUGCAGUCCAGCUCAGCAAAAUGGUGCCACGCGUUUUUGGUACGAUAAUCUCACGUCUUGCGGUGUGGCACCUUUUGGUUAUAAUUUCAAACUGUGAAGAAAUAUACAAGUCUUGUCCUUGGGCUAAAUGUGGGGCAGGGUGGGUCUUGCUUUUUCCAUUGCUGUGUUUUGCUUUCUCCUCAGUGGAAAUGGAGGGUGUAUUGAUGCAUAACAUCCGUUCCACACAAGCCCUCCAUGGUAAGCAGCGAAGAGAUGGAAAGGUUGGACAUUCAGCCGUGUGCCAUGGGUGGCUUUUGUUUAUGAUGGUGCAAGGAGCAGCCUUGAAGGGGAUUCUGUGUUUUUUAGAAGGAACGGGGCACCCAUAAGGUCCUCGUGUGGCUUUCUUUGCUCGCGGAGCGAUGGGACUUAUUGUGGGGAAGACAUUCAACAACUGUUCCUUGGUUCUUGAGAAAUGGCCGCUCAUGCAAAACAAAAUAAAACGAAUCCCCAACUGUUUGGCCAGUUCAGUUUUGCCUUGCACGUUGUUCACGAAACAUUGCAUAGCUAAUGGAUGGCGAACGGUGUCAUAAAUUAUCCUGCAUGCUUUCCCCAGCAUUUAUAUGGGAGCAAAAUAAGAAUGAAGAGUUAUGCAAAAGGUUCUUAACAAGGUUGGAUGAGGUUCACUUCCUCAAAGUCCAGCAACCAAGUUGAGCCUAAACUGAAGCCCAGUUGACACCAAUGGAAAAACCUUCCGAUGGGUCUCAAAGGGUUUGGAUGACACUGAGAUUUUGGUAGACAAGAGCAAAGGCUCACCAUCCCCGAAAGGUCAAAGAACCAACUAAUAACGGCUGCCAUUUUGCCCUUGCUGGGUUUUUAACCAUAGGGCAUAAAGAGCACCUUGGCGUGGGACCAUUCCCCAUUCGCACCUAUAGCACUUCUUCCCAUCCUGGGGGGCUCUUAACAAUAUUUCCUUGAUCGGAAAAUGGCGAACGGUACUUCUUUGUGGAUUGAUGUCUGUGAGCACGCCUACACCUUUGGCAGAGAAAGAAAGCAUUUCUGGUUUGUUUGGGGUUUGUAUUUUGUUUUUUUAAUUAAAAACAUUCUGUUAACUUUUUAUUUUUAACGGAGUCUUCACGUUAGUUUUAUUUUUAUAUCUGUAUAUUUUAUUUUUCGAGCAGACACAAAAACCUUUUUAAGAGGGACCAACAACACACUGUUUACAAUGUGUAUAUUUAUAUAUGUAUGCGUCAUACAUAUAUAUCUAUCUUAGCCACCCAGCUUCUCGUAGUACAGUAAACAUGUAUUUCAUGCAAUGUAUUAGAAAAGGGGGAAAAAUAGCACGUUAUCUUGCUUGGGUUUUUUUUUUACCAUGGAGUUUGUUUGCUUUUUUAAAAGAUUCGGUGUGGUUUAAUUUCCCCUUCUUUUUUCCUUCUCCUGUGGAUGUCUUUUCACUUAAGCAAUGGUGAUCGUGGUUCUCAGUCCUCCGUUCACAUCCCGACCCAGCGUUCCCUGUUUUAGGGGCCUUCUCUCUUGUUAUACAAAAACGAAAACGACAAAAAACUUUUUACCGAGUGAAACAUGGAUACCACCUUUAUUUCCAUUCUCGCCAAUGUAAAUACUGAUACUAACGGAGAAUUUUGACUUUGCAUUCUGUCGGAAUACUUGUGUUCAAAUAAAAAUUACCAAAAAAACAAACAAACAAAACAAAACCCCAAAA